AUAUAUUGAUGGAAUGAUAUGGUUAGGGUUAGCGCAAUUCAAAGUCCAAAAAAAAGGCCCGCCUAGCCGAGUGGCUGUGGCGGAACAGGAAAAUAUUGAGACGGGGCAUGAGCCGAAGCCCAUACAAACCGCAGGCUCACUCUGAAUGGACAGGGUCGCCGUGCUAUGGAGUGUUCCCACGGCCCAAAAGCCCAGGUCCGUGAAGGAGCUUAUGCCAUCAAGGUAAGUAUGCAGAACCAGAUAUUGUGCGUUGGAUUUUAUACGAUUCGAAGCGCACGGACCAGAAGUUUUGCACGUGAAUAUCACGUGUUCUACACUCUGCGGUCCCAUGCACGACCCUCAUCAGUGCCGCCGGAGCUCAGGUGCUCAGGAAGACGUGCUGUGUUUGCACGUGGACGAACCCCCAAGCAGCUUGCCACGAUCCCAUGGGCUUUGUUCUCAGCCGUCUUUCGGAAGGCGCCUUGUAGCCGGUUCCGGCAGCGCCUUCGACCACUCUUCGAGGGCUCCCUGGCCCUUGGGUGACUCAGCUGAAUUCACAAGAAGCUGGAUUAAUAAGGCUCUCGGAGUCCUUGUACGCGCAAGCCAGUUGCCGAGGAUAAUCUCUGUUCCAUCUGUGUAUCGAUGAUCGUUUGACGUCACUUCCGAGACUCCGGACUGAGAGGUAGGGCCCGCGAUAUAAGAGGGGGGCGUCUCCUGCGUUUGCUUUUCAUACUCGCAUCCCACUCUGCAUUACUGCCAAUGUCUUUCUGGACGUCUCCUCCUCAGCCUGCCACCAAGCUCGGUGUCUACCGCACUCUCUCUGCGAAAGCUGGCGUGCAUGUCUCGCCCCUGCAGCUCGGCGCGAUGAGCGUUGGCGACCAGUGGGAUAAGCUGGGCAUGGGCUCCAUGGACAAGGAUUCCAGUUUCAAGCUCCUCGACGCGUAUUUCGACGCCGGCGGAAACUUCAUUGACACCGCGAACAACUAUCAGGAUGAGACUUCCGAGAUGUUCAUCGGCGAAUGGGCUGAGAAGCGCGACAUCCGGGACCAGCUGGUCAUCGCUACCAAGUACACGAGCGGAUUCAAAGCACGCCAGGACAAGUACGCGCAAAAGGUCAACUAUGUCGGCAACAACAUCAAGUCCAUGAACAUCAGCGUCGACGCCAGUCUCAAGAAGCUGCGCACGCACUACAUCGACAUCCUGUACCUGCACUGGUGGGAUUGGGACACCAGCGUCGAGGAGGUCAUGGACGGACUGCACAAUCUCGUGGUGCAGGGCAAGGUUCUGUACCUCGGCGUUUCGGACACUCCCGCCUGGAUCGUCGCGCAGGCCAACCAGUACGCUCGCGAUCACGGAAAGUCGCCGUUCGUCAUCUACCAGGGCGCGUGGAACGUGAUGGCCCGCUCGUUUGAGCGCGAGAUCAUUCCCAUGGCUCGUGCAUACGGAAUGGCUCUUGCUCCCUGGAACGUGCUGGCUGCCGGAAAAUUGCGCACGGAUGCUGAAGAAGAGGCUCGUCGCACCUCCGGAGAGAAGGGCCGCAUGAUGUUCGGACCGGACUGGGAGCGGAACGCAGACGAAAAGAAGAUGUCUGCCGCUUUGGAGAAGGUCGCCAAGGAAGUUGGCGCCAAACACAUCACUUCGGUCGCCAUCGCCUACCUGAUGCAGAAAGUUCCCUACGUGUUCCCCAUCAUCGGUGGUCGUAAAGUCGAGCAUCUGUUGGCCAACGUCGAGGCUCUCGACGUGGUCCUGUCCCCGGAGCAGAUCGCCUAUCUGGAGAGCAUUCUGCCAUUCGACCCUGGAUUCCCCAGCACCAUGAUUGGCGAUGGGCUGAAGCACAGCAACCUCAUCGCAUCCGUCGCUCAUUUCGAUCGCCUGCCUAUCCCCCAGGCCAUCCGCCAUGGCAAGGAGUAGAUAUUCUACACCAAAACCCGUACAAAACACAAUGUAUUCUUGCUAUCGAACAAAUGUCGCACAUCAUCGUGUUAAGAUCGGUUUGAUUUUGAGUUACGGCCAGGAUUUGGUGACGGCCAGCCUGGUCAGAAAUUUAGAUGUGUGGACCGCCGGUACUGGACUCGAAAUCUCACUGCGGUCCUACUUGUCCCUCAACCGUUCAGUGCUUCCUUCAGCGCUGACUGGCAGUUCAGGUCGCGAUUUAAUCCCAAUGGAUUCGAUCACAGCUGAGAAAAUUAGGAUUCAGCUUCUACUGUGGUGUUGAUCAAGUGAAGGAGCUUAUGCCAUCAAGGUAAGUAUGCAGCAUCUAUGGUUGGGCGUCGGUUUAUAUACGAUGUACGGCCGGGUGUGCACGGACCAUAUGCGCAUAGACCAGAUCACGUUGACCGGCUGUGUCGUUACUUGGUGCCGAACAUCGUCCUGGAUCAUUGCUGUACGUCACCCAACCCAGAAGAAACACCCGACUAUGACUCUCAAUUCUCUGAAGACUUCACUGGUUUGCAGGACACAACACUUUGAUCAUGUGCAGUAUCGAGGCGGCAGUGACCGCUUGCUGGUUCAAAGUCCGCCUCGAAGAUGCAAAAGCAGAGGGUGGAGUUUAGAUACUAAAAUUCCCUACCGGUCCCCGGAGGUUUACCAUUUAUCGACUCGGAUAACAACCUCGCCACCCGCACACUGUCACCCCCUCAAUCCAGUUGCAACCAGCGUCCUCAACUCAGCGUUUCGUCCAGAACAUACAUCCAACGAAGGGACGUGCUGUAGCAGGUGCCCACCAGCUCCACCAUGCUCAUACGCACACUGUCACAGCUUGGAUCCCGCGCAGUCGGACUUGAGCUUGUUCAGCCUUCGACGGCCACUGCGUGAUCUCCGACCUGGGCUGGAGCACUCUCAUGUCGACCUCCAACGUUGCGUUCAACGAAAAACGGGGGCUCCUCUUUGCGACGGAACUGCUCGACAACCCAUACACAAACUCAGGGUCCAAGGCCACCGAGACCCGGUGCUACCAGCCCAACACCGGCUCGUCUUAUCUGUAAUUCGGCUGCGUCGCGGAACUCUGUUCGCUCGGCAUGACGAUGUAUGCGCUGAUCACCGGAUGGGUGCAGACUGUCCCAGAGACGUCGCCGGCUGUGCUUGGACUGGACGGCGGUGGAAGGAUGCAGCGCGUACCGCUCAAGUCGUGCAUCCCGGCCCUUGGUGAGAUUGUCCUCCAUCUUUGCCAGCACGACGAACAUCGCGCCGCACUCCGGAAUGUACUCGAGAUUGCUUCCAAUCUUGUGUGGGUGGGUUUCUUGUGUGGAGAUCCAGCAGCUCAAGCCGAGCCAAAACCUUUUCGCGCAAAAAUCCCCGGCACGACGUGGGUCUGAGGGAUUCAUGUUCCAUAGCGUUUCGAUACAACACGGCGGGUGAGGGGUUUCUCUGGAACAGCAGCCAGGCUUUCCUGGAGCUGGAUUUGGUUCCCAAGAAACGCCGCAAGCAGAAAACCAAGCCAGAGACGCCGGUGACUGCCAAAGAUCGCGGAGAAGUGCCGUUCCAGCCGCCAGCAUCUACCCCUGAAUUGGCCAGGGUCCAGAAUCCAGAUCCGAGGCGUCCAGUCCGCGUCUAGUUCCAUCCGGUCGCCAUGCCCAGCCAUCUGACUUCCGAGUUCCGGUCAAGGAGACAGUCAUUCAGCGUGAAGUCCAGGUCACUCACUAUGUAGGCUAAGUUCAGUGCUCGGCG